CCGGGCCCGGCUCCCGAGGGCGCCAGCGCGGCCCCGGGGAGCGCGAGGAGCCGGCGAGCGCGCGGCCUGCCGUUGGCGGCCUGGUCAGCCGCGCUCAGUGCCCACCCGCCCCGGAGGUGGGGCCCAAGCCCCCCAGGAAGAUGGUGUCCUGGAUGAUCUCCAGAGCCGUGGUGCUGGUGUUUGGAAUGCUUUAUCCUGCAUAUUAUUCAUACAAAACUGUGAAAACAAAGAACGUGAAGGAAUAUGUUCGAUGGAUGAUGUACUGGAUUGUUUUUGCUCUCUAUACUGUGAUCGAAACAAUAGCAGAUCUAACUGUUGCUUGGUUUCCCCUGUACUAUGAGCUGAAGAUUGCUUUUGUCAUAUGGUUGCUCAGUCCUUACACUAAAGGAGCAAGUUUAAUAUACAGAAAGUUCCUUCAUCCAUUUCUUUCUUCAAAGGAAAGGGAAAUCGAUGAUUAUAUUGUACAAGCAAAGGAAAAAGGCUAUGAGACCGUGGUAAAUUUUGGACGGCAAGGCUUAAACUUAGCAGCUUCUGCUGCUGUCACUGCUGCAGUGAAGAGCCAAGGUGCUAUAACUGAACGUUUAAGAAGUUUCAGUAUGCAUGACCUAACAGCUAUCCACGGUGACGAGCCUGUGGGACAGAGACCGUAUCAGCCUCUCCCAGAAGGAAAAAAGAAGAGUAAAGCAGGCCCCAGUGAAUCAGGAGGCUACGGAAUUCCACUGAAAGACAGAGAGGAGAAGACAGAUGAAGAGGCGGAUGGGACAUAUUCAGAUGAUGAGAUGUUAACACAUAAAGGGCUUCGAAGAUCACAGAGCAUGAAGUCUGUGAAAACCGUCAAAGGCCGCAAGGAGAUGCGGUAUGGGUCACUAAAAUAUAAAGUGAAGAAGAGACCACAGGUGUAUUUUUAGCCGUGUACACUUCGGAUAUCUCAAGACAAACAAUACUUAUAAAUCGACUUCAUUUUCUAACAUAUAUUCAGGAUUUACACAUUGAAAUAAUUUUUUAAAUUAUGAGAGUGAUAGGAUUUACUUUUGUGAAUUGAAAGAAUUUUUAUUUCUCUAACAAUACUUCCAAAUACUGACUACUAAAGGUAGUUAAGCAAGGUUUAUUAACAUAUGUGUCAGAAGUGAUAGAAAGUCAUGUUAUCUGUUUGCAAGUUCGUCAGCAGCCUUGAGUGCCUGGGAUAGGAGAUGAAACAUACACCCACAGUAUACUUGAAGAGUCUCUUUUAUGGAUCAGGAUACUUCAGCCUUUGUGGUAUUGUAUUGUUUACCUCCAUUUAUGUUCUAUCACAUGAGGAUAAUAAUUAAAUGGGCCUCUGAUCUGGCAGUGAUAUAAUAAGGACAUAAUGUAAAAUAAUAAGGUUUUAUAUAUAGUCUUUUAAGUUUUUCUUUUUAUAGUACUUUCUAGUUUUUCUAGCAUCUGAAAGUUUUUGAAACAGAUAUUUGAAAACCAGGUAUCUACAUAGCACUUUUCUUCUAACUACUUUUGCACAUUUGAAAAUUGUUUACUUAUUUUACAACUGUACAUAUACUUUAAACUUUAUUGACACUGUCUUUGUUGUUGUUUGUCAUAUUCCGACAUGACACAUUUUUGCUUUGAAUUACAUCAUCUCUUUUCCUGUGGGUUUCAUUUGGUAGAUUCACUGAAUUUUAAUAAUAUAAAAAUAUAGCUGAAAUUUAACUGUUUUUAAUUAUCUUCUUUACAAAUGAGAAGUUAUUUCAAACAUUAACCAAUUUUCCAUAGUUAGUGCAGCAUACUUGAACUUAGCAGAUUUUUUGUAGACACUGAUUAGAUUUUCAGCUUUUAAAAAUGGUGGCUUUUGUGAAUACAUUCACAGAAAGAACACUAAGGUCUUUACCAAUUCAUAAAAUUAUCCAACAGCCAAUGUACUCACAAGCUUAGCAGUGAUAUGUGCUGCUGGUUUACAGACUCUGGCAUUGACUGAAAUCAUUUGAAUCUCCUGGCUAAGAUAAGUUCCUAAAGAUGAGUGCCAAUACAAAAUACCAAUGUUAUUAAUCCUACAUAGUAGAAGUUAUUAGAAAAAGUACCAUUUUGAGUGAUUGGAUUCUCAGGCUUUUUCAGGUUAUACUAAUAAAGUUAUUAAUUAGGAAUCCUAAGUCAGUAUAUAUUUUGGUGAUGGUUUUAGUGAUCAGUAAUCAAAUUUGCAUUUAACUAUGCUUAUAUAAUUUAUAUAAUUUGCUUGACCUACUUCUUUGUCAAAAAGAAAAAAACAGUGAGAGUUAUGAGAUAAUUAAUUUCUUUCACCUCUUAAGAAAGAAAUCCAUGGGGCCGGCGCUGUGGCAGAGUGGAUAAAGCCACUGCCUGCAGUGCCAGCAUCCCCUAUGGGUGCUGGUUCAAGUCCCAGCUGCUCCACUUCCGAUCCGGCUCCCUGCUGUGGCCUAGAAAAGCAGUAGAAGAUGGCCCAAGUCCCUGGGACCCUGCACCCAUGUGGGAGCCCUGGAGGAAGCUCCUGGCUCCUGGCUUCUGAUCAGCACAGCUCCAGCCAUUGCAGUUAUCUAGGGAGUGAACCAAAGGAUGGAAGACACUCUCUCUCUCUCUCUCUCUCUCUCUCUCUCUCUCUCUUUCUCUCUGUGUCUGCCUCUGCCUCUUGAGUAAAUAAAAAUAAAUCUUUAAAAAAAGAAAGAAAGAAAGAAAGAAAGAAAGAAAGAAAGAAAGAAAGAAAGAAAGAAAGAAAGAAAGAAAGAAAGAAAUCCAGUUGGUAAAGUGUAUUUAGGACCAUCUCAAAGUAUUGGCAAGAACAAAAUGUUUACUCAGAAGUACCUUUGCAUGAUUUAUACAUAGUCUGUUCACACUAAUCCUAAAAUAUUUUCUAAUCUCACAUUCUUGAUGUACUUGACCCUCCAUAUCCAUGGGUCUGCAUCCACAAAGUCAACUAACUAUAGAACAAACCUGAAUAGCUGUGUACCACAUACGUACAGACAUGUUUCUUGUCAUUGUACCCUAAAGAACACAUCCUAACAACUGUUGACAUAGCACUUAUACUUCAUCAGAUGUUAUAAGUAAUCUAAAAAUGAUUUAAAGGAUUUAUAUGAGGGACUUGAGCAUUCACAGAAUUUGAUAUCCAUGGGGGUUAGGUAUAGGGAGAUGGAUCCUGGAACCAAUUUUCCCAGUUUAUCAAGGGAAGCUGUAUAACAUAGUACCAAGUAAAAAUUCACCCAGUGUUUUUCUCCCAAAGUUUAACUUUCUAUGAAUGUCUCCAUCUACUUUACCUUGACUAAUUUUUAGCCUCCUAGUUCCUUGAAGCAGUCUUUAAUUUCUGUUCAAAAUUCCUUUGAUUUCUAAUUACAAACUGUUGGAAGGCAGUUUUGUCUAUAUUGCUGGUACUAGACUUCUCAGUAUAAAUGCUACAAUGUGCUUGCAUUGCCUAAGCAAAGGGCAGUGUCAUCUCAAAUUGCCUUAACAAGGCACAAGUGACUUUCUAUCAGGAACAUUAUCUUUGGGGGCCGAUUUGUACCACUUUAUCUUUUUCAAGUCUAAUCUCAGUAUUAAACCUAUUUAAAAAAAAAAAAAAAAAAA